AUGGAGAGUUAUGUUGGGCUUUUGUCGGUGCUAAUUGCAACGUUGGCCAUCAUUCAUAUUGUUCAAGCUCAGGACCAACAAGGAUUCAUCAGUUUGGACUGCGGGAUACCCGCGAAUGAAGCGGCUCCUUAUACAGAGAAGACGACCGGAUUACAGUUCUCUUCGGACGCAACAUUCAUCCAGAGUGGAAAAACUGGUACAAAUCAGGCAGAUCUGGUGAGAAGAUUCCGGAAGCCAUACAAAAACCUGAGAUAUUUCCCAAAUGGAACACGAAACUGUUACACUCUGAGUGUGCAGAAGGGGCGCACACAUUUGAUCAGAGCUUCCUUUGUAUAUGGAAACUACGAUGGUCGUGACAUUAAACCGGUGUUCGAUCUCUAUCUUGGACCAAAUCUAUGGACAAAGAUAGAUUUAACAACGCUGACGAUAAAUGGUACACGGGAAGAGAUCUUACACGUCCCAACAUCGAACUCGUUGCAGAUAUGUCUUGUUAAGACUGGCGAAACUACACCGCUAAUAUCCGCCUUGGAGUUACGUCCCAUGGGAAACGACUCUUAUAUCACUAAAUCUGUCUCUCUGAAAAACUACAACCGCUAUUAUCUUAGCAAGUCAGGAUCUAAUCUACGGUGA